AUGGUGUCCGUGUCCGAGCGGCUUGUGCUUCAGCUCGUCAAGAUGCACCAGCGUGAAGCGGAGCUGGAGCGGGAGAAGUUAACACUGCAUGAAAAAGAUGAGCUCAAGGCGAGACUUCAGGAGCGGCUGGCGCAGACCCAGGAACAGGUGCGUAAAGUGGAGUCCAUACGGACGACACUCGAGGGCCUCAACCGCGCCGCCGAGGAAGGCUACGAGCAGGCACGUAGGGACGAUGAGGCAGAGCGCGAAAAGCUCUCUGAAAAGCUUCGGGUCACCAUCGACGCCGUCAACAACUACUCAGAGGAGGUCGUGCAGCUCGACGCGAAGGCGCAGCAAGAGAACAAGUCGCUGAAAGAGCAGCUGGAGAUCUACGCCAAGUACCACGCUACCGGCCAGGACAAAUACCAGGAGAUCAUGAAGGCUCGCGAGGCGGAGUAUGCCAAGAUCGCGGCGAAGCGUGACGCCGAGGUGGCCCGUCAGCCGCAGCUCGAGAGUGAGCUGGAGGUGGAGUCGAGGGGCCUGGAAGAGGCCCGCAAGGAGCACGCGGAGCUGCAGGAGCAGGUGAAUGUCUGGUUGGACCGCAUGACAGAGAUCCAGCAGCGCCUGCUGAAGGCGAAGGGAUCCUUUGAGAGCUCGAGGGAUGAAAGAGAGCGGCAGGUGCGGCGAAUCCGCUCGCUGGAGAGCGAUAGACAGCUGAUGGUCUCAAGAGCGGAGAAAAGCAAAGCACUGCGCGACAAUGAGCACGCGAAGGUGCUGGCCCUCGAAAGCAAGGUGGAGGAGUACAAAAAGCACACAGAGAAGCUGUUAGCUGUGGUGGCCAUGCUUGACGGCGCUGGCGACACUGGCCGGGGCGCGGGGGAAAAUUGUUAG